UCUAUUGUUAUACAUAUGAAUUGUUUUUUCACUUGGACAAUUUUUUUUUAAAUAUACUAGAGUUUAAAAAAUUUUAAUAAUAAAUGCAUAUAUUCUUUUUUAUAUAAUCUUUUUUGAUGUUUUUAUACUCAAAACUUAUCAUAUUUAAAGGUUAUGAGGUUAGAAAACAAAUAUAAAUGCAAUAGGUACUCUAAAAAAUUUUUCAAUUAAACCAAUCAUGGAAAAUACUCGUGACUUUUUUCUACAAAUCACACAACGUAUUUUUAGUAAUUGGACUGCAUUGAGGAUGGCUGUUGAACAUGGUAUGGGAUCUAAAGAUAAAGCGAUUGAAUUCUGCCCAUACAUUACUGAAGUUAUUUAUAUGAAUGAAAACCUUUCGAGUGAUGAAGUUGCAGGAGAGUUAGAAGAAUACAUGGAUACUGAAUUCAAUACAGAGCUACAAGAUAACAGUGCAAUUGAAGUUGCUCAACAAUUAUUGAGAUUUUAUCAAUAUUGUCUAAAUAGUGAUGAGAAAACAGCAAUGGCAGAAAUGGAAAAAUUACCGGCAUUAAAAUCGUGGAUUUUAUCAAGAGAUAUGAUAAGAAAACAAAUUAGUGAUGGACCAUCGACUAGUGAAGUUAGUAAUGGUGGAGAAGAAGACGAAAUGUCAGAACAUGUAAAAGAAACUGCUGUUGAAGAUGAAUGGCUUGAAGUAAAGCCAAGAAAAAAAAAAUAAAAAAUAAGUAGAAAAAAUUUUAUUUUGAAUGUAAAUAAUAUUUACUAAUAUUUUUAUACCUUAAAAAUAUGUUUUCAAAAUAACAUAGUGAAAAGUUCAGAGCAGUAAUUAUAAUUAUAAUUAAUUUAGCUUAUUUGGCGUCCGAUUUUUAUUUUUUUUUUUUCAUUUAGAGUGGAAUUGUAGAAAGUUUGUUUGAGUCUUUAGGAUCCCAAGACAUACUAUCAAUUUUAACUUCAAGUUCAUUUUUAUUGUUUGGUCCAAAUAUGCUCAACACGACUGGCAAAAAUAAUAAACCAUGGAAUAGACCAUACAUCACAACUAAUGUAAAAAGCUGUAAAUAAAGUGUCAAAAAAAUUUCA